AUGUCAUCACUAGCACCAGCCACCGCGUCAAGUAUGUUGGCUGAUCGAGCCGGCGGGAAAUGGGAUUGGGCAGAUCAGUUGGAUCAGUCGCGCGAUCUAUACACGCAGUUUGUGAUCAGCUCGGCGCUGGGCCUGAGCGCUUUCUUGACGUUCUGUAUCUUGCGACCAAAAUGGACCGAGCUGUAUGCUGCGCGACGUCGCCAAAGAAAUGCCGCUUCCCGUCUCCCGGAGCUCCCUGAUACAUUUUUCGGCUGGAUUCCCGUCCUUCAUCGAAUCACCGAGGAGGAAGUGCUGCAGUCUGCGGGCUUGGAUGCUUAUGUGUUCUUGUCUUUCUUCAAGUUUGCGAUUCGAUUCCUCCUUGCCGUAUUCAUCUUCGCCGUUGCGAUCAUUCUUCCUCUGCACUACAAAUACACUGGUCAAUAUGGAGUUCCUGGGUGGGACAACCUUCCUGGCAACGAAACGAUGAUAGAAGAGAAGGAUAAACCAGUCACCGAUCCAGGGUACCUGUGGAUUUAUGUUCUGUUUGCCUAUGUUUUCAGCGGGCUCGCCAUUUAUAUGCUUCUCCAGGAAACCAACACCAUCAUCCGCACUCGCCAAACCUACCUUGGAAACCAGACCAGUACGACCGACCGCACAAUUCGCCUGUCAGGGAUCCCGCAUGAUCUUUGCACCGAGGAGCAGAUCAAGGAUUUCAUCGAAGGUCUACGCGUUGGCAAAGUCGAGAGUAUCACAGUGUGCCGCAAGUGGCGCGAGUUGGACGAAUUGAUCGACGAGAGAAUGAAGUUGAUUCGUGAACUCGAAAGAGCUUGGACGAAACAUCUAGGCUACAAGCGUCCGAAGAGAGACGGCGAUACUUUGCCAUUGACAAACCAAUACUCUCCCGAUGAGGACCAUGAGCGGUCUGGUUUAUUGUCCGGAAGCGAAAACGACCAUACCAAUGAUUACUCCAACGAGAGACCCAAAUAUCGCUUGUGGUACGGUCCCUUGAAGCUUCGGUAUCGCAUGAUCGACGCAAUCGAUUACUUCGAGGAGAAGCUGCGGAGGACCGAUGAGCAUAUACACGCUGCCCGCGAGAAAGAAUAUCCUUCUACCGAGAUUGCAUUCGUGACCAUGGAGUCGAUUGCUGCAUCUCAAAUGCUCGUCCAAGCGAUUCUCGACCCUCACCCUACGCAAAUGUUUGCUCGACUCGCUCCUGCGCCGGCGGAUGUCAUUUGGAAGAAUACGUAUCUGUCUCGCCCACGCCGAAUGACCCAGUCAUGGUCGAUUACUAUUGCCAUUGGUUUCCUCACUGUUUUCUGGUCUGUGCUUUUGGUUCCCAUUGCCUCGCUGCUAGAUCUGGAGACUCUCCGUAAGAUUGUGCCUCAGCUCGCGGAAUUCCUUGAGGAGCAUCCGAUUUUGAAGUCCUUGGUCCAGACUGGUUUGCCUACUCUUGCAUUCUCGCUGUUGACUGUUGCCGUUCCUUAUGUCUACGAGUGGCUCUCAAACAAUCAAGGAAUGGUUUCGCGUGGUGAUGUUGAACUGUCGGUUAUUUCCAAGAACUUCUUCUUCUCGUUCUUCAACCUUUUCCUUCUGUUCACGGUGUUUGGCACAGCGAGUGGUUUCUAUGGCUUCUGGGAGAAUCUCCGGGAUGCAUUCAAAGAUUCCACCACAAUUGCAUUUGCAUUGGCGAAAUCCCUCGAGGGUCUCGCCCCAUUCUACAUCAAUCUGUUGAUUCUUCAGGGCUUGGGUCUAUUUCCGUUCCGACUGCUCGAGUUUGGUAGCGUUGCCCUUUACCCAUUCCAGUUCCUUUCCGCUCGCACGCCUCGUGAAUACGCCGAACUGGCCACUCCCCCCAAGUUCAGCUAUGGGUUCUCAAUCCCCCAGACCAUCCUCAUCUUGGUCAUCUGUGUGGUGUACAGUGUCUUCCCCAGCUCGUGGCUGAUCUGCCUCUUCGGUCUCAUCUACUUCACGAUCGGAAAAUUCAUCUAUAAAUACCAACUCCUCUACGCCAUGGACCACCAACAGCACUCCACCGGCCGUGCCUGGCCGAUGAUCUGCAAUCGUGUAUUCGUCGGACUCCUCAUCCACCAACUGGCCAUGAUCGGCGUCCUGGCCCUCCGCCGCGCCAUCACCCGCUCGCUCCUCCUCGUGCCCCUUCUCGGUUUCACGGUCUGGUUCUCGUAUUGGUUCGGUCGGACUUACGAACCCCUGAUGAAGUUUAUCGCUCUCAAGAGCAUCAACCGAGACCAACCGGGCGGUGGCGACCUUUCCCCCUCGCCUUCUUCGACGUUCUCACCGCCAUCAGGUCUCGAUCGCGACAGUCUCCCGAUCCGCAUUGGCGGCCAGGAUCUCGAGUUGCGGCUGAGGAAGUACGUCAACCCGAGCCUGAUCGUCCCACUGCAUGAUGCCUGGCUUCCUGGUCGCGCCACUCGAGGCAAUGGUGCGUCGGCCUUUGAGGCUCACCAGACGCCCAACGUUUGA